ACAAAAAAUACGACCAACGAAGGAAAGAUAGCGACGAGGAAGCGCCCCCAAACCGGCGACAAAAGAAGGGAAUAGAAACGGUACCUUCUUCCCCGAUCUCCCUCUCCUUUCCGAUCGAUCCCUUUCACUCCUCUCCAUGGCCACGCACUCUCUGCCUCUCCUCCCCCUCCUCCUCCUCCUUUCCGCCUUCUCCGUCCCGGUUCCUCGAUCCUCUGCCGCUGCGGCGGCAACGUCGGAAGCGCCUUUCUGCCCCCGAUCCGACCUCGCCUUCGUCGGCGGCCUCAUAGCGCAAUGCCCUCGCUGGAUCGAGCUGUCUUUCCCCCUGGAGGUGGAUGGGGAGUCUCUUGACAGAGAGUUGAUUCAUGGUGAGAGUAAAGGUUAUUACUCUGUACUGUUCUAUGCUUCAUGGUGUCCAUUCUCGGACAAUAUUCGUCCUACUUUUAAUGUUCUUAGUUCCAUGUUUCCCCAAAUAAAGCACUUGUUAGCGGAUGAAUCUUCUACAAUGCCAAGUAUUCUCUCGAGAUAUGGUAUUCACAGCUUUCCAGCUAUUGUUCUCUCCAACCAGACAGCAACUAUUCGAUACCGUGGUCCCAAGGAUAUCGAUACUCUCAUCCAAUUUUACAAGAAAACUACAGGUUUCGAUCCAGUUGAACGCUUGGUCGUCGACCAGCCUGCUAAUUUAGGAAAUGUGAGAUCCCUAAUGCAUCAGGUGGAAUCUCUAAGGGAGUUGAUAACCACGGAGCCAUAUCUGGUGCUUGGAGUGCUUUUCAUCUGCCUGAAGCUAGUCCUGUCUGUCUUACCUGUUGUUUACUCCCAUCUCAAGGCUCUCUGGGUCUCACAUGGCUGGCAUCUCAACCUGCCCAUCCUUUGUGAACCAAGUCAGUUGUUGGUAAGAGUGCUGCAUGGAAUUGACGUCAAUAAACUGUGGAACAAGGUUAAGCUGGGUAAUAAGACUAUGAAUUUGAGGAAGGGUGCAAACAAUGCUCGUGCCUGGGCUUCUACCCUAACCUCUGUCUCACUAGGUGAGUCCUCCUCCCCCUCCUCUUCCUCCUCCUCAAGACUAAUAACCCCUUGUGACUCAUGACUCUUUUCCUGUGUCCUUUGGAGAAAGCCAAAAAGAGGUGGGUGCUUUUGUAACCUCAGAAGUCUGUGUCAUUUGCUAUUCUCCAUCAAUGUAAAUGUUGUCUGUGCCUCUUUUGAAGAUUGGGUAAUGGGAAGAAAGGUCUCAUGUAAAAUUUUGAGUGUUACAUCUCUCUCUUUGUGUAUUGGAUACGUUUAUACAGUAUCUCUUUUAUUAAUUCUAUGAAAUAUUUUUAUUAGAUA